AUGUUGUUCAAAGCUAGCCAGCAGCCCGUUGUCAGACUCGAUGUCCGCAAGCAAUAUACAGCUUUUGAACACGAGGCAAUUCGGCCAGUAACGAUCCGUCAGUUGUUGGAGGCUCAGAGAGCCCAUGAUACUGCGCCUUUUGAGAUAGAUGGGAUCGAUGUCGACCAGGUCGUCGUGGUCGCUCACCUUCGGGACCUGAGGCAAACUAGCACUAAGCUUAUUCUUCGUCUCGAGGAUGGAACGAGUAAAGGCCAGAUCACCGCCCACCAAUGGCUGUCGAAUGUUCAUCAGGUCUUCGAAGAAAGUAGGCCGGAUCAAACAUAUGUACGGGUUGUGGGCCGAUUGUCUAGGUUUCGGGGAUCCCAGGCUCAGGUUGGCAAGAAUGAACUAAGAGUGAUCCAUUUGCAUGAAGUGACGGAUCCUCAUGAGCCCUUGUUCCAUAUUCUCGAAGCUUUCAUGGUGAAUCGAAUCAUACAAGUCGGUCCACCUCCUCUUCGUGCCCCUCCUCCGGAUGCUAUCAGAAGUCCUCCGUCGUCAAGAACACAUGCUGCUCCUAUUUCUCUUCUAUCUCCUCCCUCUCCCCCGGUAUCCCCAGAGCAGGCCCCAGACUCCCCCCAUGGCAUGUCUCCUCCUCCAGACGUGGGUAGACUCAGACGCUACUUCGAUGGAAGCCCCUCAGCUUCAUCCGAAGUAUCUCCUGGAUCUCCAAGGCAUGCAACACCUUCCCGAGAUCUUUUGCCUGCAGCCAACGUAAAUAAUGCUUUAGCAACGAGAUCGAGCCCUGAAAAGGUUUGGGUUAAGCCAGGACAUCGAGCAGAAGCAAGCCGACGCGAUCCGAUGUCCCAUUUGACUGUCCUUCAGAGAGGGAUAAUUUUGGAGAUAUAUAAUGCCGCUUCUUCAAAGAGCGGUGUGGAUGUUGUACGGAUCGUGAGGGGCAUCUCACACCAAGGCGUGACACCUGGAGAAAUUGAAAGAGCGUUAGACUACCUGAUGGAUGAAGAAUUUAUCGAACUUACGGUGGAUGAGUCGCAUUAUCGACUAACACGAAAAUGUUUGCUUGAUAGGGUUGCUUACCCGAAUUCAUGA